AUACAGGACAUAUUGCUGAUAUGAAUAUAUUUUUAGAUGAUCCAGAAUUUGCAGAGAUUAUUCUGAGAGCAGAACAAGCUAUAGAGUGUGGAGUUUUUCCAGAAAGAAUCUCUCAAGGAUCCAGUGGGAGUUACUUUGCCAAGGAUCCUAAAGGGAAAAUUAUUGGAGUGUUCAAACCAAAAUCUGAAGAGCCUUACGGACAUCUAAAUCCGAAAUGGACCAAAUAUUUUCACAAAGUUUGUUGUCCUUGCUGCUUUGGCAGAGGCUGCCUCAUUCCAAAUCAGGGAUACCUCUCUGAAGCCGGUGCCUAUCUUGUGGAUGACAAGCUAGGACUAGGAGUUGUACCUAAAACCAAGGUUGUCUGGCUUGUCAGCGAGACCUUUAAUUACAGUGCAAUAGAUCGUGCAAAGUCAAGAGGAAAAAAAUACGCUUUAGAGAAAGUGCCAAAAGUUGCUAAAAAAUUUAAUCGAAUUGGACUACCUCCUAAGGUUGGCUCCUUCCAGCUGUUUGUUGAAGGAUAUAAGGAAGCUGACUACUGGCUCAGAAAGUUUGAAACUGAUCCUUUACCUGAGAAUACAAGGAAGGAAUUUCAGUCACAGUUUGAAAGAUUGGUUAUCUUGGAUUAUGUCAUCAGGAAUACAGACAGAGGUAACGAUAACUGGUUAGUCAGGUAUGAAAAACAACAUGAUGGACUUGAUCUGUCAGAUAAGGAUAACCAGUGGACUGUAACUAAGGAAUCUACCAUUAAAAUUGCUGCAAUUGACAAUGGUUUAGCAUUUCCUUUUAAGCAUCCUGAUGAGUGGAGGGCAUAUCCCUUUCACUGGGCUUGGCUUUCUCAAGCAAAAGUUCCUUUCUCUCAGGAGACCAGAGACCUAGUUCUUCCUCGCAUUUCUGAUAUGAACUUCGUACAGGAUCUUUGUGAAGAUCUUUAUGAACUAUUUAAGACUGAUAAAGGAUUUGACAAGGCUACUUUUGAAAACCAAAUGUCUGUUAUGAGGGGGCAGAUAUUAAACCUUACUCAGGCAUUGAAGGAUGAAAAGAGUCCCAUUCAGCUUGUUCAGAUGCCACGUGUGAUUGUGGAGCGAAGUACCACUGGAAGUCAGGGCCGAAUUGUUCAGCUGAGUAAUGCGUUCACACAGACCUUUCACAGCAGGAAGCCUUUCUUUUCCUCCUGGUAGCAACAAAAACGUGUGGGAAGAGUAAGUUUCUCUUGACUUCAGAAAGCUACUUCUGUGUAAAGGCUCUGCAAUAAUGUACUUCUGUUGUAUGCCAAGAGCUCUGACUGCCAACACCUCAGAACUUAAAUUCUAAAGACUUAAGAAAUGUAUUUUGAAUGUAAUAAAAGUUUACAAUUUUUGUGUCAAAAUUGUGAAUUCUUAUGUCAGGGAUGAGAAGAACUUGUCCAUACUGUAUUUUUAUACGCUAAGUUAAUGUAUUCCGAGUAAGGGAAGCUACACAGUUUGCAUAUGCUGAGAAACUACUUUUGAAUACAACAGAAAUUCUUUUUGUUUCAUACAAAUGUGAGAACCUGUACACUAUUGACUUCUUUUAUAUGGUCUUUAAAAAAAAUAAUUGCAGAAUGUUAUCUUUGAUUGUAAAAAUGCUUUUCCCUGGAAUUUCUUCCUGAUAUUUUAAGCUGUUUGUAGAGUUUUGUAGGCUAGUUACUUGAGAAGUCAUGCACUUUAAAUA